CUUUCAGGUCUCAAAUGCUAGUCAACGUUAGCCAUGUCCAGGCACUCAAAGACUCUACAAGAAGCCAUCAAUGAUUUCAAACACUACUCUGAUCGAACGACCCUUUUGUACGAGCGCACUAAAAAAUGCUUUGGGGAGAUCGAGGAACGUCUUAAUCUCGGUCAACAAGCGGGCUCUGGAAAGUUGAUUGCCUCCUCGCAGUUAAAUGAUGUGGAGAGAGAACUUAGGAAGACACCGACUGUAGUCUUCAUCGGCGAACGAAAUAGCGGCAAAAGCUCCAUAAUUAAUGAACUUCUAAAACAGACUUACCUACCAGUUCACGAGAACCCUUGCACAGCCAGAAUCGUGCGAAUCAAACACGCGGAUGAGUUGAGCGCAAGGCUCGUUGGAGCAGAUGGGAACGUGGUACGAAGUAGAGAAGAUGUCAAAGGCAAAAAACUUCUCGAAAAGUUGAUAGUGGUCUCAGACAAAGACAGAGAGAAUCCAAAAGCUUUAGACGCUACUGUGGAGUUCGGAUUAAACCAUGAGCUUCUGAAAAGUGGAAUCGAGUUGAUAGAUUCACCCGGGAAGAACGAGUCGGACGUUUUGGAUAGAGUGUUGGAGGAUUUCCUCGAGAAAGGCACAGUUCCUCUUUUUGUGUACGUAAUUGACGGAAAAAUGCGUCUCAGACCUUCGGACGUAACAACAUUAACCUUUUUGAAGGAUAAAUCUCCUCAAUCUUCCAUCAUGUUUGUCUGUAAUAAAGUAGACAUUGAGGCAACAGGACCGCUUGACAAUGAUGAUGACGACGAUGAUGACGACGAUGAUGACGACGACGAUGAGGAAGAUGAAGAUGAUGAUGAAGACGAGGACAACGAAAACAAAAAAACAAAAAAGAAAAACAAAGAGGAAGUUGUCUUCAAUCAGCUGAAAAGCAGGGACUUUCUCACAGGAGAAUCUAGCAAAACAUGCGACUUAUUCCAUGCCAUUUCUGCAAAAGAUGUUCGCGAGGAACGGAUGGAUCAGGGUAGUGAGGGAGAAGCAACAAGGAGAUUCCAGCGAUUCCAAGGUCAACUCCAAAUUCUUCUCGCUCACAUCAUGAAAACACAGACUAAAAGGAUCGUUCAAGCCCUCCUGGUUUUACAAGAAAGCUUUGUGAACGUUGUCCAGGUGCAAAGAUCCCAAAUCACUCAGGAAGCAUCCAUCGUACCAGAAAUUACGAGACAGGCGUACCAGAUAGAAAGUAAAAUGUUCGACUCGUUAAAAUCCUUUACAUCCAGUGAUUCCGAGGAUACAAAGCAGAGAUUGCAGGAGCAUAUAAAGUCGUUGAAGGAAGAAUUUUCUCAGGAUGCAUUACAAUACAAAAUUCCAAACCAGCGUACUAUGCGAAAGAGAGCUCUGACUAUGAUCAAAACAGAUCUUAAAGUUGCAUUUUCGCCCGAACAAUUAUCAGAAAUGAACAGGGAGGACUUUAUUUUGGAGCGAUUUCUCGGUGAUAUGAAAGGCAACAUUUUGGAAAAAAUGUGCAAUUCCCUCGACAAGUUUGUGGAAUCCUUGAUGGACGAAGUAGCGAAUGAUCUUAUCAAAGCCAUCAUUGACUUCAACGAGAACCUCACACACCCCAUGGUCUCUAAAAUUUUGGAGGAAAGCUACGGAGUGCAUUUCGUUGAAGCAAAAGCUAAAACACACGAAGUUAUUGAAGAUAUUCUUAACCAUCUUUUGGAUUCCAUAAAGGAAGCUGCCAGGGUUGCUUUGAGGAAAGAAAUUUCGGGACCCCUUAGUUCCAAACAGAUGACGACUUGCACAAAAAGGGAUGUUGCUGAUAAAACACGUCGACAGUUAGUCGUUGAAUCCCUUUUCGACACUAUCGACGAAAAGAGGGUUGCAGAGGCAGUUUUCGAAGCCUGUUUCGAUCGCUUUCAGAGGAUGCGAGAUCGGUUUCUAUCAACCAUGGAAUUUCUCAUGCGCUUGCAAACGGCCUUUUCUAAUUGCCAAGCUACAGAGCAGCUUGAAGAUCUUCGUCUUCGUUUUACUCCUGAGAUACGAAUGCUUGCCGUCGAAGGAAUGGCUUUGAAAUAUGUGCAGAACCAUGGGCCAAUAGCAUGCGGCUCACUCGUAGCGAAAACACGCCACGGCCAACUCUUUGAUUGUGCGAGCGUUAGUUGGUACCGUUGCUCGCCCAGUGGUCAGUGCGUGGUGAAAGUGAUCGAGAAAGAGAAAGUUGGUGAAAGUGCCUGGAAGCAGAAUGCAGUGGAUCUCGUCAAUAUGAUGGAUAUGAUUCAGAAACUAAAAGGUUCCCAUCCCAAUCUGUUGCGGCUGUACGGCUGGGUUUUCCCUAAGCCGGAUGUACUACAUGUUGUCAUGGAGAAGGCAGAGAAGAGUCUUCUUUGUGCUCUCAAAGAGCUUGCCUCGGCCUGGGCCCGUUCCUCGCUCUCCAAACUGAUCACGAGGAUCAAGAUGGCUCUAGACGUGGCUGAAGGACUGAAGGCCAUUCACGAAAUCGGCUACAUUCACGAGGACAUCAAGCCCGGAAAUAUCUUGUUAAUGUCUGAUGGAAGAGCAACGAUCAACCUCGCUAAGCCUGAAUGUCCAUACGACAUGACCACUCUGGGCGCUCCGUUCCACGUGUCACCAGAAAUGUACCAGUACCACGGGAAAGGUCACCUCAGUUACCUCUCCUACGACAUCUAUGCAUUUGGAAUGCUUUUAUGGGUGCUUUUGGAGGGAAGAGGUACAUCAAGACCGAAAGUAUACAAAGACAUGAAAACUAUCCAAUCCAUGCAAGCAGCAGUGGAAAAUGGAAUUCUACCAUGUAAGGAUGAUGAAGAAUUCCAGAUUCCGUCAGUGAGUGAUGCGUGUUGGAGCUUAAUGACAAGGUGUUGGGAGGACAGAGCAUCCAUGACAAUGGAUAUUAUUAUUACUGAUUUAAAAGCCAUUAGGGAAACAGUAGAUAGGACCCGUUGACUCAAUGGUGAUGUUGCUUGAACUUUCCUAAGCAACUGGGCCUUAUAAGACUCUUCUUAAACCGAAUUUGGGUUAUGAGGUUAGCUUUAAGGAUUGGGUUGAGUCAAUAUUGUUGCCGUGGAAACCUAGACCGAUCAAUCUUUUCCUCACACCCCUCUGAAGCUAUUGUUUGGUCCCGUCACGCAAAAAAGAGAGGGUGUAGCGUGACGAGAAUAAACAACACUCGUUUUUGUAUGUUAAUCGUAUAGAAUUAAGUUUAUCAAGAGCUGUGUAAUAAUUGUGCGCUACUGAAUACGUAUAAAGUAGAAAAUGAAGCGUUGAUAUUGCUUUUUGCUGGCUUGAAAUGAAAAAAAAAUAUGAUAAGGCAAAGAACACGCGUGGAAAAACUGAUUAAUUGCUUUUGUUAAACAAUGGCGAGGUAGUUUCUAUGAGAGAGGAGAUCGACUUAUCACAUGUCACGGCUUUUCGCCCAUCACCCUCCCUCCUUUUGUUAAGAACGAGAUUUGCUAAAAGUUUGAAUUUGAGUUAAGUUUCUUUUAAACAAAGCUGGAGAUAGGCAGAUAUUAUCUCAUGUGGCCAGUGUGAAAUGAAGAGAAACUUUUAAGUCUCUAUUGGGUUUCAAAACUCAGCCACAACGAUAACAGAGACCCUUUCCGCGGAGGCAUUUGAGAAGACAGGUAUUCUCGUCCUUCCUCUCCCCCCCAAAAGAGAACGCGCGACUACACUCGUGUCCUUGACAACUUUCCCCCCCCCUCCCUCUCUGUAGCCUAACCCUUUAUCAGACUACCGAAAAAUAACAUGUAUCCAAAACUUGGUUA